CCCCAACAGUCCUAUAUAAUGCUUGGGGCUUUUUGGAUUUUCCCAAAAUUAUAUUUUAAUUCUCUACUUCUCACUUUCUCUCCAGCUCUCUCUCUCACUUCCAAAACUUUCUCACGCAUGCAAGCACGAGAAUUUAAAUAGGCCCAUCAAUCCCUGACCAGAAAUUCGGGUUCUGCAGAUUUCGAACUGAAAAACCCAUCAAAGAUAUAGUAAUUUCAGCGGCUGUGUUGAUGGGGAAGGUGGCGGUGGGGGCGGCGGUGGUUUGCGCGGCGGCGGUAUGUGCGGCGGCGGCGCUGGUCGUGCGGCACCGAAUGAAGAGCUCGGGGAGGUGGGCCCGGGCGAUGGCGAUUCUGAAAGAGUUCGAGGAUAAGUGCGGGACCCCCAUUGGGAAGCUGAGGCAGGUGGCUGACGCCAUGACUGUGGAAAUGCACGCUGGCCUCGCAUCCGAGGGGGGCAGCAAGCUCAAGAUGCUCAUCAGCUACGUCGAUAACCUUCCCACUGGGGAUGAGAAAGGACUGUUUUAUGCAUUGGACCUUGGUGGGACAAACUUCCGUGUCCUGCGUGUACAGCUCGGUGGGAAAGACAAACACGUUGUUAAACAAGAAUCUGAGGAAGUUUCCAUUCCUCCGCAUUUGAUGACUGGAACUUCAGAAGGAUUAUUUGAUUUUAUUGCUGAAACAAUUGCAAAAUUUGUUGCAACUGAAGGAGAGGGUUUACAUCCUGCACCCGGUAGACAAAGGGAGCUGGGUUUUACCUUUUCGUUUCCCGUGCGGCAAACGUCAAUUGCAUCUGGGACUCUUAUUAAGUGGACAAAAGGCUUCAGUAUUGAGGACGCGGUUGAGCAAGAUGUUGUAGGAGAACUGACCAAAUCAGUGGAAAAAAUUGGACUUGAUUUGCGUGUUACAGCUUUGGUCAAUGAUACAAUUGGUACAUUAGCAGGUGGUAGGUACCACAAUCAGGAUGUCAUUGCUGCUGUGAUAUUGGGCACUGGAACGAACGCUGCUUAUGUAGAACGAGCGCAUGCCAUUCCAAAAUGGCAUGGUCUUCUACCUAAAUCAGGUGAAAUGGUUAUCAACAUGGAGUGGGGUAACUUUCGCUCGUCACACCUUCCACUUACAGAAUACGAUCAAGCACUUGAUGCUGAGAGUUUAAACCCUGGAGAACAAAUAUUCGAGAAGAUCAUUUCUGGCAUGUAUUUAGGGGACAUUGUGCGCAGAGUAUUGCUCAAGAUGGCUGAAGAAGCUGACUUUUUUGGUGAUGUUGUCCCGCCAAAACUGAAAAUUCCGUUUGUACUAAGGACUCCUGUCAUGUCUGCCAUGCAUCAUGACUCAUCUCCGGAUCUGAAAGUGGUCGGGAACAAACUCAAGGACAUCCUUGAGAUCUCCAACACCUCAUUGAAAAUGAGAAGGGUUGUCGUGGCGCUAUGUGACAUAGUUUCCACUCGUGGGGCUCGCCUUUCUGCUGCUGGGAUCUUGGGGGUGCUUAAGAAGUUAGGUAGAGACACAGUUAAGGAUGGAGAGAAGCAAAAAUCGGUGGUAGCACUGGAUGGCGGUUUGUAUGAGCACUACACUGAAUUCCGCACCAGCAUGGAGGGUACUCUCAAGGAGUUGUUGGGCGACGAAGUUGCUGAGCACAUUUCUAUCGAGCUCUCAAGCGACGGCUCCGGAAUUGGAGCUGCCCUCCUAGCAGCCUCUCACUCCCAAUACCUUGAGGUAGAGGAGUCAUAAAAUGGUCAAGACCAGGGUAGAUGAAUGAAGUGUGACAUUCUCAAUUUUUGUGUAUUUUCGUUUCCCCUUAUCUUCCCACUAUUUCCUUUGGAUCAAUUCAUGUUAUUCUUAGCUCCUAGUUUGGAAGAUCUUGCACCCCAUCCGUAAUUUAUGAACCUUUAGAGCCGGUAAUUGGCGUAGGAUCAUAAUCGGCAGUUGGAGUAGGCAAUCGGCUAGGCUUUCUUGCUGCAGCCCAUUGUUUCGUUCUGCGGAUGUUUAAGCGUUGUGUUGUUGAUCAAUUUAUAAGCUUAUUUCUCCCGGAUUACUUAAUAAAGUAGGGGAUGUAAACUGUAAGUAUGUACUUUUUGCGGAACAUUCUCUCAUCUCUGUUGCAAAUAAUACAGGUUUUUCGGGCCA